AUGAAGAGAUCCUCAUCGUUUGGGGGUUCAGUCUUUAAAAACCCUAAAUUAACAGAUUCUGUUCUUUCUCGGAUUAAAAAAAGACCCAGGAUACAAGAUAUUACCAACAGAAGGGACACUGGGGUGAGGAACAAAUGGAAAAACACCCUGCAAAGAAAAGUGACUGGAAGUUUUCGACGCCGUGCCUUGAAGCAAAUGGUUGAUUAUUCAUGGGGAGUAUCUCCAGGGCUUCCAGGACGAAGCAUUUUCUCACCACCAUCAUCACCAUCUGCAAAAGUUCCAGAAUCCACUACACCAUCUUUUGCCUCAAGCUCAGUUCCAGCCGUCUUUCUGACUCCAGCUGCUGUUAAUGAGACUCCAAUUCGAUGCCCAAGACGGAAGCGGCGCCCAGCUCCCCCCCCACCUGUGCAGGUUGACAAAAAGGAAAAAGCCAAAUUUGCUAACAAAAUCAAAGUGCAAAUUUAUCUCUCUCUUUCUCUCUCGCUCUCUCUUUCUCUCUCGCUCUCUCUUUCUCUCUCGCUCUCUCUCAUUACCAAAGUGCCAUUAUUGGAUGAUACUUCAAUUAUCCAGAUGUCGCAGAUUUGUCUGCCCCCCCCCCCCCGCUACCGCCCCCCUCAACAACCGUAUCUUUAG